AUAAUUUCGGAUCUCCUCUGAAUUUCAAUGGCAGCACCUGAACAAUUUCAGAAAACCCUAACCCUAAUUCUCGAUUCAUUUGGUCACAAAUGAAUUUCUUCAAAUCCAUAUUAUCCGACGAUCCGGACCCUCUAGAAUCCGAGAAUCCCCAAGAAUCUGAACCUAACUCUCCCGCAAACCUAUCCGAUAAACACGACGGCGAGGACGACGUUGUCGGACCAGAUCGGAGUUCUGAAUCACAUGAUCAACCAAAUUCCAACCCUAAUUCGUCCGCCGGCUAUGGUGGGUGGAGCUUUGGAGGUCUAAUCCAGACCUUCGCGACUCGGUCAGAGUCAAUGCUCGAGACAUACCGUCGCGAUCUCAAAGAAUUUGGGUCGGGCUUAAAGAAAGAAACUUCUUUGUUUCGCGAAGUCGCAAACCGAGCCGUGAAGGACCUACCAGCUUCAAUCGAGGUCGGCGCGUCUGUGGCUCACGGAGCAAUCGAUGGAGUUCUGAAAUCGACGGCGGAGAUUAUCGCUCACGGUAAAGAAACCCUUCUCGCCCCCUCCGAUAUCGAAUCCGAUACCCCUGAUACGAAUUUGAAUUUGAGUUCGAGGCGGUAUAGUAGAUUCGAUACACAAUUAAGAGCUAUUCAGAGUGACGUGAAGACUUAUUCUGAAGAACCUGAGGAUUUGGAGGAUUACAAUAAAUGGAAAUUAGGGUUUGUGUUGGAGGAGAAGAAUGAGGAAGUUGAGAAUUUGGUUGCAGAAAGUGGGGCCUUGGAGGGUAUCUACACAAGGGUUGUGCCGAACGAGGUUGAUCGUGAGACAUUUUGGUCUCGGUACUUCUAUAGAGUCCAUAAGCUUGACCAACAAGAAAGUGUGAGAGCUAAUCUUGUAAAGCGAGCAAUUUCUAUUGAUGAUGAGGAAGAAUUGACUUGGGAUGUUGAUGAUGAGGAUGAUGAUGCACAAGAGAAUAAUGGAUCGCCAAAAGGUGAUAAAUUUGAAGAUAAGGAAUUCGGAAAUAAAGAUUUGCCCCAAAUUUUGAAGGAAGAGAGUGAUGGGUCGUCAAAAGGCUACAAAUUGGAAAAUAAGGAAUUGGGAGGCAAAGAUUUGACCCAAAUUGUGAAGGAGGAGGCUUAUAAGGAAUCACAAAGUGGAAGUUCCAGGGUUGAUGAUGGGAAGGAAGACAAUAUGUUGAGUGUGGGUAGUGUUAACAGCAAGGCAGGUAGAUCAAAUGUAGAUAAUGUGGCUGAUAAGAAAGAGUUGUCUAUACAAACUUUAAAAGUGAGAAGUGAUGAGGUAGUGUCGAAGUCUGAUGACAAGGUUGUAUUGGAUGGGAAGGCUGAUAGUGGUGAGUCUUGUAAAGAUAGUGAUGUUUCAUUUGUAUCGAGUCAGCAGUCUAUUCCAGAUGAGCAAGACCUUGAGUGGGAUGAGAUCGAUGAUGUUGGGAGCAGUGAUGAGAAGGUCACUCACGAUGGGAGCCCAAACAGAGCCGAGGUACGUAAGCGGCUGAGUGCUGCAGAAGAAGAUGAGGAUUUGAGUUGGGAUAUUGAAGAUGAUGAUGAGCCUGUGAAAGCUUGAUACCAAGUACAUGUCAAGAAUAUAAGUGUUUAAAGUAUAUUUGCCAUUAAUUCUAUUCUUGUCGUCAAAUAAUGUUUAUUUGGUUUAAAUUUGUGUUUUAUAGAAUGGGAAGCAUUACUUUCUUGUCCUUGAUUUUACUAAACAAAUGUACAUGUGACAAUGUGGUUUUGUAUGUUGAAGUAAUUGUGUUCAUAAUAAAUUUCGUUC